AUGACUGGAGCAAGCGGCGCGAAUCGCACGUUUCGCUCACUCUUUGGGGGACAAGAGAAGUCCUUUGAUGAGGUGCUGGACCUAGAGACGGACGUCAUCGGGUCGAUUGAGGCGGCCGCGAGUGUUUCUGGAGCUGCUAUUGGGGUGGCUGGUGAUGAAGAUCAAGACGAAGAGGAGGAUGGGGAGGACGCGAUGGUGUGGAAGGAGGAGCUGCUGCUGCUGGAUUGUGGUGUCGCUGCAAAGGCGGACGGUCUUCAAUUGGCACAGCACAGAUCGAUGGAAGAGUGGGCAGAUGACGAUGACGAAGAGGACAAUUGGAAAGAUAUGCUGCAAGACCGCGUGGAUCAGCUGGAUCUGGCGUUCCUGCCUGAUAAUGAUGGUGAUGAUGAUGAUGCUAUAGUUUUUGAAACUAGAUGCCGGUUGGAACACCAGUCGGUAUGUAACCUUUCAGCACAUGAGGUCCAUGCCUGGAACAUUGAACGCACAGUUGUGGGAGAAGCUGCAGCGUCUACGCUCGUGCAUGAUGCACGCAUGCGGUCAAUUUCCAUUGAUUGUGUAGCUCGCAAAAUUCAGACCGUGGAGUAUUACCGCAAACGCUCGAGGUCUCUGAGUGACACGACUGAUAUGCUGGAAUUGCCUUAUUAUUCGCCUUCACGAAAAAACUCGUUGGACAGCGAUCGAAGCUGCCUCAGCCGGGACAUCAGUAGGGAUAUACGUGGCAUUGGGGAACCUUUGGCGACCGAUGCUACACUCUCGGUCUCAUCGAGCACCGCCGCGUCGGUUUUGAGCGACACAGAAGCCAUGCGCCGAUUUGUACUUGACGAUGUCAAAUCUAUGUCCAUGGAAAGACUCGUGAGCGAUGCCCAGCGAUUACAUUUUCUAGAGGACUUUUACCACAAUCAGCAAAGACAAGAUGCCGUCUCGCCCGUCAUACUCCCGACUGCAGCGUCUUCAUCACCAUCGGUCCCUUCAUCUCCAGCCAUGUCCACACCCUGA